UCCUCCUCCCCAUCCUCACGCCCCGCCCUUUCACCGUGAGGAAUUAGGGUUUUUUUUUUUCAGCCAUUCAUUUCUAUUUUUCCGUCACAUGGGCUCUUUGGGUGCAAUGUGAGUGAGCUGUCGACGCUGGCUGCGGCUCGUUUAAAAAUGAUGGAGAUUUAAAAGACGGAGCAAAGCGCAUCGGGACUCCGCAUCUUUCUCUCAGCAUCUCCUCCGCUGCUGGGAGGCUCCAGAGGACCAUGCAACACCUUAAGCCAUGGCGAGCUCUGCUCCUUUUGACCGUGCUGUGCCACCCGGCAAUCUCAGAUAAAUACGGCUGCCUGUUUGAGAGGAGACUGUGCACGAGGGAUCAGUUCUGCUCAGACGAUGGGCUGUUUGGUCAGUGUCGCAGCUCCAAGCAGGACCUGGUCCAGUACCAGGUGUCAGUUCCAGUUCUGAAGAGGAUGCAGGAAGUCCUAAAACAGCUCAUGAUGCACGGUCUUUCCUGGCAAGACGACAUCACCCAGCACAUUUUAUCAAAGGAGCUGAAAAGAGUUCCCCAUACCACCCACCCCUCCAAGCCAAACGCCUCUUCCUCCUCUUCACAUUCAUCUCCGUCCAAACAGAACAUCCCCCACCACCAUAGUUCUAAAUCUGGGUCUGCACCUCCUGGUGGCAACUAUGUGGACUACAUGAUUGUCGAGCCUCCUCAGUCCCCGCUACGUAUGCAGACAGCCUCCAUGGACCCGUACACAUACCACCAGCAUAGAUAUCAAGAUGACGUCGAGAGAUCACUCAUUGGAGCAGCAGGCGGUUAUGCCCGCCCCUCUUCAAGGUCCCAGGCCAAUCAGAGAGAGCGAGAGCGUGACAGGCAGGUGCUACAGGAAGCCUUGUCACUGUACCUGGCGUCCGCACAGCCCUCUUAUCGCCACCGAGGGGCCGCCUCCAUGGCUCCUGCAGGUCUGCCUUAUUAUGAGGACUUUGAGCUGGAGAUACCAGUGGACUAUGUGGAAGACUACACCCUACAGGAGAGACUUGGUACUGCUGGCAGACAACAAGUGCAGCAGAAUAAAAAGGUUCCUCAGGACAUCAGCACUCCAUCAGGAACCAAUGAUGGCCUGCUCCAGAGGAUGUCAGGAGUCUUGCAGAGGUACGGAGUUGACCCCAGAGAGCUCAGUCAAGAGCAGCUCUACAAGCUCGCCCUCAUUCUGCAGCUGAUGCGGGCCCCAGACAAAACAGAUCCAAUUGAAAAAGACCUUAUCACCCUUAAGGAGAUGCAGCUGUUAAAAACAGACAGUGACUCCCGUAAGCCUGCCCCUGUCGCCGGUCCCCCUGAAGCCCCUCCUGCCCCCUCCUCCGCCACAGUCCGAGCUACGCCUCCAGCCAAGACCGCCAGCCUCUCCGCAUCUGCCUCCCAGCCCCCACAGGCUGCUCCUGCUGAAGCCGGACAGGGCUUGAGGGAGCAGGGGCCACCACUGGUCGAGGGUGCAGGAGCCAAGGAGGAGUAUGGGUACAUUGUUACCAAUCAGAGUCCUCUGAGUUUGUAUGAUGGCGUGAAGCUGUUGGAGCUACUGGCUGAUAAGAUACACCUGACAACCAGCAGCUUCAUCAACAUCAGUGUGGUGGGCCCUGCGCUGACGUUCCGUAUCCGCCAGAAUGAACACAACAUGACGGCUGCAGAGGUGGCUGCUAAAGCUGUGUCUGAAAAGAACUUCCUGGAGUCUGAGACAGGGCUGAAGAUUGUACAGACUGGUGUGGGAGAGAGGACAGAUGCACGGGGUCUCCCUCAGGUAUCCAGGGUUUCCCAGGGCUCCAGCGGCACAGUCAUCACCCUUGUUUCCAUGGCAGUCGUAGGAGGCGUGCUGGUAUUGGCCAUGGCCGUAGCUUGUCUCAGGCACUAUGCUCAGCAAGUGGCCAAUGGCAAGCUUGGACUGGGGCCAGAGGGAGGAGCAGAGACACACUUUGACUACCAGGAGCUAUGUCGGCAGCACAUGGCAUCCAAAUCCUCUCUGUGCCGCCAGGACUGUGUGGGCGGGGUGAGCAGCGGCAUGGCGGGGUCCGCCAUAGGCACGGGUGCUGGCGGUCGAAGAGGUACGGACACUUCCCGCGUCAGCAGCGUUUCCUCCCAGUUCAGUGACGGUCCCCAGCACAGCCCGUCCUCCACCCACAGCUCCACCCCAUCUUGGAGCGAAGAGCCGGCCCAGUCGAACAUGGACAUCUCCACUGGUCACAUGAUACUGGCCUAUAUGGAGGAUCACCUGCGUAAUAAAGAUCGCCUUCAGAGGGAGUGGGAGGCUUUGUGCUCCUACCAGGCUGAACCCAGUUCGGUGGCUGUGGCUCAGCUCCCAAGCAACAUGGACAAAAACAGACACGCUGAAUCCCUCCCCUACGAUCACUCUCGGGUGAAGCUGAAGACUGAAGUAAACCCCAAUAAACAAGACUACAUCAACGCCAGCAUCAUUUUUGAUCAUGACCCUCGCCAGCCAUCUUAUAUCGCCACACAGGGACCACUGGCUCACACUGUCGCUGAUUUCUGGCAGAUGGUGUGGGAGAAUGGCUGCACAGUGAUCGUGAUGAUGACAGCUCUGGUGGAAGAUGGAGAGAAACAGUGCGAGCGCUACUGGCCUGAUGAGGGCUCGUCACUCUAUCAUAUUUAUGAGGUGAACCUGGUGUCAGAGCACAUCUGGUGUAAGGACUUCCUGGUGCGUAGCUUCUACCUGAAAAAUGUCCAGACGCAGGAGACCAGAACCUUGACGCAGUUUCACCUGCUGAGCUGGCCCGCUGACGGCAUCCCCACCUCCACGCGACCGCUGCUCGACUUCCGCAGGAAGGUGAAUAAAUGCUACAGAGGUCGUUCCUGCCCGAUCAUCGUGCACUGCGGUGAUGGCACCGGCAGGACUGGCACGUACAUCCUCAUUGACAUGGUGCUGAACCGCAUGGCAAAGGGAGUGAAGGAGAUCGACAUUGCAGCCGCACUGGAGCACAUCAGAGACCAGAGACCUGGCUUGGUCCGCUCCAAGGACCAGUUUGAGUUUGCGCUGACAGCAGUAGCCGAGGAGGUGAAUGCCAUCUUGAAAGCCCUGCCACAGUGAGCUGAGGACGCAGUGAGGACAUGCGCAAGCGCACAGAAAGAAGUACUCAUGAGGACACCUCUGUACCAUCCAGUCAUGUAUGUCUGGCCGUCACUGUAAAUAAGAAUUUGCUCUACCACACUUGAAGCAGUUACUGCUCUUGUUUUCAGCAUGCAGUAUUUGACCAUCUACUCAUUCUCUGGGUUUUUACAACUUUUUGGAACUUGAUUAAAUUCGUUUUGGCGGGAUGUACAUAUGGACAGAAGAUCAGUUUUUUUAACCAACAUGGCACAAAUUUGAUUUUAGCUGCCCAAAGUUUCUGUCGAAUUAAACAACGAGACCAUCAGUGUGAUCUAAAAAAAACAAAUAUUAACUUGAAUAUUCUAUGCCCUUUCAAUGUUAACUUUUGCCUGAGUCUGACAGGACAGAAUACACUCCUGUUGAUGGUUGUAAUUCCAUCUACCCUUUCAUUGGACAUGAUGACUUGAUUACGUCAAAUGAUCAAUCAACAUCACAAAUGAUUUAACACUUCUUUUACAUUUUCUUAGAUUAAUGUUAAAAUAAUGUCAAGUCCCUUCACAAACUCAUCAAUCAAUUUCUAAGACUGACACCCAGUAAAGUUUCAAUUCAUUUUAACUCUAUGAGUGUGUUGUUACGUGUCCACCAGAAUACUGUAUGCUACUGUCUAGUGUGUGUUGAUUUCCAGCAGGUUUUUAUCUGUGAGGCUUGUCUCUGCCUUGACAACAUGAUUGUUGGCUUUAAGCACUGGUCCUUUUGUAACGGAUGCUGUACGUUUAACACAAAGUACACCUCACCCUCUGCGCACAAAGGAACAUUGUUUGGGUUCUUUUAUCGUCCUACUCAGCGUACCACCCUGUGAUUAAUGUAAAUAAUUCAUCCUAAUGAUUGUGUUUAUUUCAUGUAGCAGACAGAUACAAAAUAUCUAUAAAAAUGUAUUUUUGACUUGACUUGAAUAAAUUUGUGACGUGAUGCAGCAAAAAAACUAAAAAAAAAAUUAAAAAAAAAAAGCCUCAAGUGCUCAUUCUCAAAACCAGUGUGUUGUUUAGUUGGUUUACUCGGCAUGUUUAAAACAGGAUCUUCAGUGCAUCAAUACUCACAGUUUCAGCUUUACAGACAGUGCCCUCUGCAGCACAAGAGUGGAACUGCCCAAAAAAUAUUGUUGUCAAGGAGAUUUGUUUUAACCUUUAAUUAGUUCUUUGCAUUUUAUGCUCAAUUCUUUGACAUUAAAGAAGCUGUACGCAACAUUCAGAGCAUUAAUAAAGCAGCGAAAAACUAUUUGCUCCGUAAGGAUAUGGUAGAGUAAUGGCAUCCAGAGCAGAGAAUGAAGUCACUCCCUGUGUGUGUGUUGUAAUCUGAGCUUCACCCUUUUUUGUUGUGGUAAACAGUCCAGCUGUCUGUUCAUGCUGAUGCAUGUGAGGCUGUGUGUUGAUCCCACUGGCUAUCUUAUCACUGCCGCUCUGCACAAGGUUCAUAGGGUUGUUACUGCUGAUAUCACGACGUCAUCAUCACAGAAGUGUAGAGCCCACCCUCCGCUUUCCCCCCAGAUUAACAAGAGCACUGAGUUAGCACCGUUAGCUGCUAGCCACCAGCUCGGCCACGUCCAUGUUAAGAACCAUGUGCCCCCCUUUUUGUUGUGUCCACACUGCGAGAACUAGGAAUGAUCUUUGAUGUUAGGAUACUGUUUGAGGGACUUUUUAGCUCCUAUUUCAGCACAAGAGGAAGCUUGAGUGACUUAAACUGGGGUUCCCAUGGAUCCUUAAAAAGUCUUAAAAGGCACUGAAUUCAUUUAUCUAAAAAUAAGUCCUUGAUUGGUAUCAAAAUAUCUGAAAACAGUCUUUCAGAAGUCUUCAAAAUGCUGAGACAUAGUAAGUAGUACUUAAUGAAUCUUUUUUUCUGAUGCUGCAUUGUAGAAUCUCAAAAUAAUUCGUAACAUCUACUUAAAAAAAAAAUUUUUUUUUCUUUACCGGUUAUUGUAAAAUUCGUCUUAAAUUUCAUUCUGAAUUGCACUGAAAAAACACAAAACCAGCAACCGCCAUGUUUAAAAACUUGCCAUGCUAGCCGUCUGUGAAAAACAGACAACACAUACAGCUUGUAACAAAAAAUGGAAGAAACAGUGAAGUCCAGGCUUUACUGAGCACAUAUGCUAUGGUGGAAACAUGAUUAUGACGCAUCAAAGUGCUAUACCAACCACCAGCCAGCUUAUUGUCACAUCAGUGUUUGUAUUAGCAGUGCAAAUGCUAACAGAAAAUUAAAGCCCUAAAUGGUAUGUAGUUCUUG